UCACCAUUUUGGAUUCUUAGUCUUCCCUCUGAAGAUAUUGCAAGAAACUUAAUGAAACGGACAGUGUGUGCCAAGUCUAUAUUUGAACUAUGGGGUCAUGGAAGAUCUCCUGAGGAGCUGUAUAGUUCUCUUAAAAAUUACCCUGUGGAGAAGGUGGUUCCAUUUCUGCAUUCAGACUCUAUGUAUAAAAUAAAGAUUCACACAUUUAAUAAAACAUUGACAUAAGAAGAAAAAGUCAAAUGAAUAGAUGCACUUGAAUUUCUGCCCUUUGAAGGAAAAGUGAACUUAAAGAAACCACAACAUAUAUUCUCUAUAUUGGACCCUAAUUGCAUCCCUGAGAAUCCAUAUAAUAUUUAUUUUGGUAGAUGGAUUGCAGAUGGACAGAGAGAGCUAAUUGAGUUAUACAGUGUCAAAAAGAGACACUUUAUUGAAAAUACAAGCAUGGAUGCUGGUUUAUCAUUCAACAUGGCAAACCAUGGAAAAGUAAAAGAAAAUGAUAUUGUCUUUGAUCCAUUUGUUGGAACAGGUGGCCUCCUGAUAGCAUCUGCUCAUUUUGGUGCAUAUGUACAUGGGACAGACAUAGACUAUAAUACAGUUCAUGGCUUGGGAAAGGCUAGUCGGAAAAACCAGAAAUGGAGAGGACCAGAUGAAAAUAUCAGAGCCAAUCUUCGUCAGUAUGGUUUAGAGAAGUAUUACCUUGAUGUACUGGUUUCAGAUGCAUCUAAACCUUCCUGGAGGAAGGGCACAUAUUUUGAUGCCAUUAUCACUGACCCUCCAUAUGGUAACAGAGAAUCUACAAGAAGAACAGGUUCACAGAAAGAAAUACCAAGGGGGAUAGAGAAGUGUCCAGAAAGCCAUGUUCCUGUUUCCUUGAGUUAUCACUUGAGUGAUAUGUUUUUUGACCUGUUGAACUUUGCAGCUGAGACCCUCGUAUUAGGUGGAAGACUAGUCUAUUGGUUACCAGUGUAUACACCAGAGUACACUGAAGAGAUGGUACCCUGGCACCCUUGCCUGAAACUCAUCAGCAACUAUGAGCAGAAACUUUCUAGUCACACAUCAAGGUGCUUGAUCACAAUGGAAAAGGUGAAGAAAUUCGAGAACCGGGACCAGUAUUCACAUCUGCUAAGUGAUCAUUUUCUGCCAUAUCAAGGUCAUAAUUCCUUCCGUGAGAAAUAUUUCAGUGGAGUAACAAAAAGAAUUAUCAAGGAAGAAAAAUCCAACCAGGAAUGAAAAUUAAGAUUCUGACAAUGAAGAAAGAUUAAAUAUUUGACAGAAAAGACAUCUGGAAGUGAACUUUCGUGUACAAUCCAGAAAA